AUGAUUUCGAAGGAGAUACUGAUAGUCACAACGCCCACGAUGCGUGGGAGAAUGCAAAGAAAACAACAGAGCCACUCGAUAUCGAUCAUGAUCAGUAGCUCUACUCGGCAACCACCAUCUGCCCUGUUAUCAUCUGGCCCGUCAAAUGGAAAUAAGGGGCCUAUUUACACCCUGCCUGAAGAGCUAUUUUUCAGCGUAUUUUCCACCCUUAUACAAUCGUGGGAUCCGUGGCCUCUUGGACGUCUAUCCUACGUGGAAAGCCCUUGGAUCUUAACCUUAAUAUGCAAGUCGUGGAGAGAUCUAUUAUUUCGGUCACCACUGCUCUGGAAAUCCUACUUCGAGCACAGGCCGAUCUUUGGCACAGGAACAGCAGUCUACCCUCCUCCUUCUCAAUUAUACUCUUUAUUAUCCUCGGAACGAUUUUCUUCUGUCCCUCUGUUCUUCCAGGUCAGGCUGAUAGCCGGGUCACUCACCUCGGUUCCUGCAGCCUGGGCCGACCUGCUGACGGUCUUCAGCGAAAAUAACGCCAGCCUCGCUCAUCCAGUGAACCUCAUAAUCAAAGGAAGGGCCGCCAUGGCAUCCUCCAUUGUAGACCUUUGUCGAACGGUCUUCUCGGGUAACGAAUCGGAAACGAUUAGAAUCGGAUUCGACAUUGAUCACAACUGGACCUUCGAAGGACAGGCAGGCAUGGAGACUCUGAAACAUAUCUUUGCCACAAUGCCUCCCUAUCUUCCCCUCACUCGGCUUUGCGGCUCGUUUUCUCUCUCCAAUAAACAAGUUGCAGAUUAUAUCCUUUUCGCUCAGAUCAUCAGCCAUUGCAUUCAUCUCACCCACCUUAAAAUAUCGUCCCCCCUUGACAAGCGUAUUGCUUACGCUAUAGCUAGCGCUCGUCCCCCGCUUUCUGUGUUUGACUGCAACAAUUACAUAGCGAGUGCACUGUCUCAGGUGCUCUGGACCGUUCGCAAGACUUUGGUCUGGCUUAAUGCCGGAUCUGUAAUACGGGUCAGCCACGCUGGUGGUACAGUGACAUUUUCCAGCGGUAUGCAAACAUUUGUGUUGCCUCCCUCUGGGUUUCCUUUACUCCGCGAAAUUCAUAUCGCUUUCGAUGACAGCGGCACAGGGCUCUUAGAAGCUCUGGGAAACACCAGACUUCCAUCUCUCUCCGCACUGCGGCUGCAUAUCAAUCGCAUUAGUGAUGACCUUCAUGAUUCGGAGCGUCACUUGCGUGAUUUCCAAUAUGCAUCAGCGUUUGCGAACAAGUAUGGUCAACAGACCAAAUUCCUGACACUUGACGUGCUCGGUGAAGAGACGGACUAUGUACAAUCCAUACUCAACCAGUUCCCCAACCUCGAAGGGUUGGCUCUGGGAAGCAUUGGAUUAUCGUGCCCGUGUCAUGCGACGCUGCGAAAUCUGCGUAUCCAGUAUGCGUGGUCCGAAAAUUGGACGCUCCUCUAUCCCGAGUCAGGCCGUCUCCCUACUCUCAAGACAGUGGGAUUUCCGGCUACACAGUGGAUUGAAGGACGGGAAGAUCUUCAAGCGCAUGGCAUAGACGUCGAUCUCUGGGAAGACAACUAUGCAUGGGGAGAUAGGAACAUGUCGUUUUGGACGCAAGGUUUUUUUUCUUGA